UUUUUUUUUAAUUUUUUUUUUUUUUAAAUAACCUUUUUUUCCACCUCAGCUUCAGCAUCAUUUUUAAUAUUCCACUUUUCACUCCUCUGUGAUGUAGCCCAUUUCUUCCCCGUUUUGGAUUUCAAAUAGCAUGUUUUUUUUUUUUUUUUUUUUUUUUUUUUUUUUUUUUCCAGCAGUGAAAGUAGAAAAAAAUCUGCUUAAUUUUCUGUAACUGUUCACUUUUAUGGACUCUUUCAACAACCUCCCACACAUUCCCAGCUUAUGAUCAGUUGAUGCCCUAAAUUAAGGACUGGCAAAGGCUAAAUGAAGCUGUUUUUGUGGUUGUGCAUGUCAUUGGAGUCCAGUCUGACCCUUUACUCAUAUAAAAGUCUCUUCUUUGUUUUGUUUUAAUUUUUUUUUGUCCAUGUAAGAAGCAUUCCUCUUGGUGAUAACGUACUAGUCAUAAGCCCCAACAACUCUUGUCUAUUUUGCCCUUUUAAACCAGCAUGAACUAGCAUUAUUUACUAACUUAUGAAUCAGUUAACAAUGUUUCUACUCCUGCUUAUUGCAAUGAGUUAUUAGCCUUUUUCCACAUCCACCUUCAUUUACUCCGAUCUGAUUUUUACCCCAAAAAGCUCAAGAUCAUAGCACAAUUUCUAUUUUCUGAAUCUGUAUUAAAGAAACCCACAAACUACCAUCACAGCUGUACAGAUGUGACACAUCUGUCCUGCUGCAAAGCUACUUGUCUUCUUUUGUUUUUGUUUUUGUCUUGUCUGUCUUCAAGCAUGAGUCCUGGGAGCUGCAGUUGCAGUGUCUUUCACAGUUUAAGCACCAACAUUUCACUAAUAUAACCGACAUGUAGACUCAUAUUGAGCCCACUUACCAGCAAAAACUACAAUAAGCCCCAUAUAAUGCCAUCUAUUAGACAGGAGAUCAACACUGCAGCUAAUAAGGAAACAUCCUUCAACCCAGGCUACUUCAGCGUGGCCAAAAUGUUGAAUUUAGAUGAAAAUUCUCAAGAGACAAAAUAAUUUGUUGUAACUUAAAGAGGUUCAUGUUUAUACUAUUGUCCCAUUAUAUUACGCAGCAUGUAGAAAUCCUCCCAAACAAAUAAAGACACUGGGGAAUCAGCCAUGACUGAACAUAAAUGAGUUAUUUUGUUCUUCCAACUUCAUCUCCUCACAGUCCAACCAGUUACCUCAAAGAAUCAGGUUUGCAUAGAGGCCUGUGAUUGGCCUCCCUGCCCCUCCUCUUGCUGUUGUGGACAGGCUGUCGGCUCACCAAGUUAUAGCUUCAUCCUGGCCAAAAUAGUGUCCAUGAGAGCAGAGCAUUAGGCUUUGGCCAGACAGCCUACUGCAAAACAUGUAAUCCCCUGCUAGUGGCUGCUGGCUGGAGAGGCAGAGGCUGCAGUGAAGCCCAGCUGGCUGCAGUGCUGCGUUUUGGCAGGUGAUGAAUGGCUUUGCAGCAGCUCGAGUGGUUGAUGUGAGGAUGAGCAACUCAGGAUUGGAUGGGACAAAAUAGUUUACCAUCACAAGGGAAGGCGCAAGAAGUAUAUCCAAGCAAUUUCAGCCAUAAUUACAAGCUCCCUCGUCUUGCAUUGUUACAUAACUUUGCAGUCUCUCUAACUAAUGCAUUGAAGAAGAGGUCUGCCCCCUCCUGUUUUCCUACAAAGGCUGAGUCUGCUCUGCUAAUCAUGUGAUGUGCUUCACUGUCUGCUAACAAUGGCUGCCUGAGUAGCUGGUGCAUUUAUCCAAAUGCUCCAUUUAGACAAAGCAGCAAAUUCUCAGAAAUUGGGAUUUUUGACAUAAAAAAGAUACAAAGCUGCACUUUGAAAGUGGAAGAAGACAAUAAAAGGGGGUCCAGAUCAACCUAAAGGAUGUUGGCUCAUUGCAAGUUUGUCAUGUGAUUCCUAUAAUCUGCAUUUACAUUAAAGUAGGGUGUUGUGUGCUAAGUAAAACUAACAUUUAUUCAGAAAACAGUUUUAUUUGACCACAUAAAGAACCAGAUAUUUGCAGUGAAACAAGGUAGAUGCUUACAAGUGAAUUUGUUUUUGUCAUAACAAACAUUUAUCCUACAGGUGUCUGUGUUUUAAACCCAAAUCAAGAUUUUAUCCAUCCCUUAAACCUUUGCCUUCCAUCUUGUCUUGGGUUUACAAAAAAACCAAGACAUAAAGAAGCUUUUUGAAGGUGUAGUAGAUGUCUCCCCACAGUCCCUGACGCCGCCUCUCAUAGUUUCUCGACAACCCUCUUCUCUCCAGCAGACAGGCAGGCAGGCUGACCUCCACCGACCCCAAUACAGACACAAUGGAUUGGUCUCCAACCUCCACCUCCAGCCUCAUGGCCAGCAGCAACGUGACUAACAAGACCGAUCCCCGCUCCCUCAACUCCCGUGUCUUCAUUGGCAACCUCAACACCCUGCUGGUUACCAAGGCUGACGUGGAGGCCAUCUUCUGCAAGUAUGGGAAGGUCGUUGGCUGCUCCAUCCACAAGGGCUACGCCUUUGUCCAGUACUCCAACGAGAGGAAUGCCCGGGCUGCCGUGGCCGGGGAGGAUGGACGCAUGAUUGUGGGACAGGUGUUAGACAUCAACCUGGCAGGUGAGCCGAAGCCUCACAGGUCGAAGACAGCGAAGCGAUCUGCAGGAGACAUGUACAGGUGUGUCUGUCCAUGCUGCAUAAAUUCACAAAGUCAGAGUUUUAGUGAAUAUUUAUUCAGGCAUGUUAAAGUAAAAAUGUUUCUGUGCUGCCCUCAAUCCCACAGCUCAUCUUUUGAUUUGGACUAUGACUUCCAAAGAGAUUACUAUGACAGAAUGUACUCCUACCAGUCCCGGGUGCCUCCUCCUCCUCCGCCAUUGUCCCGCGCCAUCAUCCCUUCAAAGCGUCCCAGAGUCAGUCUGAGCGGAGGCAGCAGCCGACGAAGCAAGGCUGUCUUCUCCUCCUCCUCAUCCUCCAAGAUGAGCCAGAGGACUUCACGCACAAUGAGGACGGAUGAUCUACAGACCAUCAAGAGAGAGCUCACACAGAUCAAACACAAGGUGGAUUACCUGCUGGAGAGCUUGGAGCGCAUGGAGAAGGACUACAGUAAGAAGUCAGAGAUGAAGAGCUCUAAGCCAGAGCCUGGGGAAGUGUCCCCCCUCCACUCGUCUACCUCCAGCAAGAAGGAGGACAGCUUGAAGAGGGACAGAAAGAGCCAAGAGCUGAACGACUCUGAGGAGGAUGAAGAUCUGCUGGAGGACGAGGAUGAGGUGAGAGGGACCAGGGCUAACACCAAGACAUUCUAUCCCCAAAAAUAUAAAAAGCAGAGGAAGAGAGGAGGAUGAGGAGGACGAAGGUGAGCAUGAGGAAGGGGAAGAUGAUGGCGACAGUGCCAAUGAAGACGAGUCCUGAGGUGGCCGAUUCCUACAGAUUUACACAAAACCAGUUGUGUAUGAAAGUUUCUCCAAAGCAAACUGGUACCCAGUGUUUCAUGUGCUCGAUUUGGCUAAAGUAACUGGACAUUUGCAGUGUGUUGUAGAUUUUGCUGCUCCUCCCAUUUUUUUAAAGAAAAUUCUCUUUUAAAAAUCACCUGCUACUGCAUUCUUGUUUGUCACACUCAGACAAAUCGUAACCAUCGUAUGUUUCUCUAUAGACUAUGCUGAACACACCUAGCAGUGGCUUUUCCUUUAACAUAAAACUGACAUAAAUAUGUGAAUAAGUCCAAUCACUUGAGUUCAGAAACAUAAUACAUUAUUUGAUCUAGCUGCUGCAUAGCUGCCUCCUAACCUCCAGGUGGCAACAUAUCUUAGCUACAAGAUUACAAGGAGGGUCUGGACAAUCUCUUUCCCUCUGCUUGUUAGAUAACAUGAGCAUGCACAAAAUCUCAGGCAAUACUUUGGAGAAAAAAAAUGCUCAACGGCAGAAAAAUGUCUUCAGCUUGUGUAAUGCAGUCAGCUUCCAUGUUUUGUCUGGUUCCUGUUGCUUUUUUUCUCUGGACUGCCCUGGUGGAAGUGAAUAAACAUGUUUCUCACA